UAUUACUCACAACGGCGUUGCCGCUCACUGGGUUUUUUAUCUGAAAAUCAUACGUGGGCAUAAUUGCUUGGACAAUAAAUACCCCGGCUCGGCAAUUACUCUCAUGAAAGAUGAGCACCGCAACACUGAAACGUGACGAAAUCCUUCUGCUCUUUGACGUGGACGGAACCCUGACGAUGCCAAGGUCAGUGGUGACACCGGAGUUCGAGGAGUUCUUCUACUCAAAGGUGAAGCCCCGGGCGACCAUCGGAAUCGUAGGUGGAUCCGAUCUGGAGAAGAUGUUCGAGCAGCUGAGCGGCCAGAAGAUCCUCAAUGAGUUUGAUUUCAUAUUCCCGGAGAACGGACUCGUUCAGAUUGAGGGCGGCAAGGAGGUGGGCAAGCAGAACAUCAUCAAGCAUCUCGGAGAGAUGACUUUGCAGCGGUUCAUCAACUUUGUGCUACGGUACCUGUCCGAGCUGGAACUGCCCAUCAAGCGGGGAACCUUCAUCGAGUUCCGGAACGGCAUGAUGAACGUCUGUCCCAUUGGACGCCAGUGCUCACGGGAGGAGCGGAAUAUGUUCGCCGCCUACGACAACGAACACAAGAUCCGCGAGAAAAUGAUAAGUGACCUUAAGAAGGAGUUCGCCGAUGUGGAUCUCACGUACUCCAUCGGUGGCCAGAUCAGCUUCGAUGUCUUCCCGCACGGCUGGGACAAAACCUACUGCCUACGACAUAUCGAGGCCCACUACAAGUUCAAGGAAAUCCACUUUUUCGGUGACAAAACGGAGCCGGGCGGCAACGAUUACGAGAUUUACAGCGAUCCUCGCACCAUCAGCCACAGGGUUUAUACACCCAACGAUACGCAGCGCAUCCUUACCGAAAUCCUGGAGUUGUGAGGCUUGAUUGAACGUUCGAAAAGAUUCCAUUUUGUUUAUACAUUUAAGAGAAUUGUUAACCAAAUUUAUAAAAUAGUCAUUUGCAAAAACUUCAAA